CGGUGCUGCUUUACGGCAAGGACGUGGCUGCUGGGCUGGAUGUGGCAGUCACGCUUCCCUUACCAGACAUGGCUCCGCUGGCUUCAGUAUGACGCGACGAGUGCGUCCGGUAACCUUGGAGACGGGUAGCAGUGGGGCUGCUGCGAUAGGUUCCCUGGCCGCCUGGCGUUGUUGAUUAUGAGCGCCGUGCUGUGGCUGCUGGGAGCGCACUAGUCUUUCGCUUGGCCCGACUCCCUGAGGGCACCGCCGCCGCUGCUGCAGUACCUCAGUCCCCUGCCAGCCCGCUACACGCCGCUGUUCGGCCACAGGUGUCACCAGCAGCCUGUCGCCGCCAUGACCGGGGGGAAGAAAAGUUCUAAAGAGAAGAAGAGACGGAGGAGGUCAGACUCGUGUGACACCGGACCCCAGACGGAGAGGAAGAGGAGGAGCACCGAGCUCAGCAGCAGCACCCAGGAACCAGAAACCUCCGUUCCAUGUGCUAUAGUUAAAGAAGAAGAAGAAGAAGAAGAAGAAGAAACAGAAGAGCUAACUGAUAUAGAAGAGGGAGGACUAGACUUGAAUAUACCACUGCAGCCUAUUAGCUUCUAUAUCGCGGACAGGAUGGAGAUGCUCCAGCAAUGCUUUCGGGUACUUGGGGAUAAGAAACUAAAGAAAAUGCUCCCUGAUAUGCUAAAGGACCUACCUCUUGAUGAGAUCAAACAGCUUUGCCUGGAGCAGGUAGAAAUGGAAAGCGAUGAAUGUUUGCUGAGUAUUCUUCAGGGUGACCAUGGUGUAGAUUCUGCCACAGAAGAGGAAACUGUAGGACAUGUUACACAAUCCAGAGCAGGUCUAAGCAGUCAACAUGACAGCAUGGUAGAUUCCUCUUCUUCCAUGAGGGAUAAUGCAGGACUGGAAGAAGCAGAUGCGAAAGUGGGUAAGGGAGAGGACUAUGAUGCGCUCAGUAUUAAUGCAGAUACAUAUGACAGCGACAUAGAAGGUGCGAGCUGUGAAGAUCGUGUCCAUGAGACACCUGUUGCAACUGUUCCUAAGGUGCCAGGACAGCCUGACGAUCUUGUGAUGGACAUUGAGAAAAGUGUUAAUGAAAUCCUGGGUCUGGCUGAGCCAGUAGCAGAAGUGCCCUCAGCCACCGUUGCUGUGCUCCCUGAGGACGCUCAACCAUCGGCUCAGCAGCUUGAACUGCUUGAACUGGAGAUGAGAGCUCGUGCAAUUAAAGCCCUGAUGAAGGCUGGCGAUGUGAAGAAGUCCUGACUUAAUGAAAGGCAAACCUUAUUUAAUAGGAUUUUUUAAUCUGUAUUGCAUUGUACUGUAGAUAAGUUACAGUAACUGAAAGUCCAAGUUGAAUUUUUACUUACAGAAAUUUUUUAAUUUAAUUAGACUUUAUUGUAAAAUUAUUUUCAAAUUGUUUUUGACUUGUGGACACUACUUUUAGAAAUGAGCUUUUCACAUGAAUAUCACACUCGGUUACUAAAAGAAAUCUAUAUAGUUCUGGCUAAUAAAGUUAGACAAAGUUUACCCAGUUGCCAUUUUAAAAAAAUGUCUACUUGUGUUUUAUAGUGAAAUACUACGGUCAUACAAAUUGCAUGUAUGGUGCUUGCUAUAUACCAUAAACCAACUACUAAUUCAUCUUUCCACAAUGUAUGUUAUUACUUGUGAUAUAACAAGGUAGCUAAGAGUUAGUGAACGUUUCUGUAUUGUGGGUUUACGUUUUUGCCUUUACUUAUUACAAAUUUUAAGCCAGUGCCUUACAGUACAUGUAAAAGUUCCAAUCCAUAACGAAUUAUGUAUAUGUAUAUUUUAAGGUAUUUCUGUUGAUGCAUUUAUGGUGUAAACAUGGUGUCAGAUGCAAUUACUACUAAUACAUUUACAGAAGAACUCUGUGCCAAUAAAGCAUUUUAUUGGUAUUA